AUGGAAGAUGCUGUAGAAAAAGUUCGUCAUCACGCUGUUUCCAAUUUACCAACAUCAGCAUUAAAUUUUGGAGAGGAUUUAGUUGAAGAUAGUGGAGUUUUUUCUAAUUUGCCUGUUGAUGUUCCAAAGACAAUUGAAAUUAACGGAGAAACCUAUAAAAUUACCAAAUUAUUGGGAGAAGGUGGUUUUUCCUUUGUUUUUAUAGUGAAGAAUAUUCAAACCGGAGUUGACUAUGCUCUCAAGCGUUUAUUAAUCCAAGAUUCUUCACAAAGUGUACAAGCAAAGAAGGAAAUUGACGUAAUGAAGAAAUUGAACAAUCACGAAAAUGUUGUCAAACUCAUUGGCGUCAAGGAAAUUCAAAACAAUAGAACUAACGAAAUUUAUAUUCUUAUGGAACUUGCUGAUUCCGAAGUUGUCGGUAUGAUGGAAGAAAGACUUAACCAAAGAUCCAAAUUCUCGGAACAAGAAAUUUUGAACAUCUUCUUUGAUGUUUGUAAAGGUGUUGCUCACAUGCACUCCCAAAAUCCACCAAUGAUUCACAGAGACUUGAAAGUUGAAAAUAUUUUGUGUACAAACGGAACCUACAAGAUUUGCGACUUUGGAUCAACAACCACAAGAAUUUAUACACUCUCAUCAAGAGCUGAAAAACAAGAAGCUGAAGAGGACAUUCAAAAGAAUACAACUUUGGCCUACAGAGCUCCAGAAAUGGCUGAUCUUUAUAGUGGUGAUCCAAUCACUGAAAAGGCUGACGUCUGGGCCUUGGGUUGUGUCUUGUUCAAGUUGUGUUUCUUCAAGGGACCUUUCGAAGAUGCCGAAAGUUCAAUUUCUGUCAUUAAUGCCAAGUACAAAAUUCCACCAUCUCCUGUUUACUCACAACCAAUUAUUGAUUUAAUUAAGAGUAUGCUUGUUCCAGCUGUUAAGGAUAGACCAUCUGUUUUUGAUAUCACUGAAAAAGUUGGUAAAUUGCUCGGAAAAGAAAUUUCAAUGCCAAGACCAACACAAAGACCA